CUCAGGGUUUCACCUUUGCACAGGGCUGUACCCUGAAGGCUUCCUGAGGAAGAGAGCCUAAACUCUCUUGGGACAGGGGGUAACAACCACCAGGUUAGCUAAAAAGAAAAAAACCGAAAUGUUCACAAUAAAAUAUAUACGUCCUAUAGGGAAUAGGACGGGAAUAAAAGACUGCGUGUUGGAGGGGGUACUUAUACCUUUUUGUUUUUAUUGGUUCUCGUCUAUCAGGGGAGGAGCUAACCAUUGUUUUGCUGCCAUGGAUAUAGCAAGGAAAUACGGUUUAUCCUGGGAAGUAACAGCUUCUCUGUAAUUGUAUUUUUCUAUUACUUUCAGGUUUAAAGUAUAAAUUGAAAUGGAAUAUUCUGUUACUCUGUAAUAACAGAUCUAGUUUAACUUCUGUCCACAACUGUUCUCAGGCUGCCUGAUUGGCUGAAUGAUGACAAACACAAACCGGAAUCAGAUGACCGAGAGGAUCCUGGAUCUGACCCUGGAGGUCAACUACCUGCUGACUGGAGAGGUGAGGGAUUCUGGGAAUGUCAGUGACUCGUUUCUUCUCAUUAAGUUAACUUUAAUCAUUUUUAUUCAUAAUUUAAUGUCCCUACUAAUAUAUACUCUUUGAAUUUCUUAAGAGUGGAGAUUCCGGGACGUUUCAUGGUGGGGGAGAAUAAAUAUUGCAAAAUCUUAUAGUAUGAUCCCCGUGUCCUGCGCAGAUAGUUGGGUGAAUUUACCGUAUAAUUGUGUAAAUUGGUUAAUCUCCGCUGGACAUACACCACCAAUGUGGUGCUCCAGCGGUGAAAGACCAACGCUAGUAUCGAGGAGAGACUCCAGGGGCAUAACCCCAAAAUGCUAGUCACAAUGCCAAAAGACAAGCAGCCUAAUAAAAAUAUACUAUAUACAUUGAAUUCAAGGAUUGAGAUGUCCCAAUAAAGAGUGAGUUUAAAAAGUCAAGUAGAUACAAAAAUGUUCCAUGAUCCCUGAGUGGUAUAAAGGUAUCAGCAGAUCUCCCCUCUGAGCUUUAUUCAGGCUGGCUCUAUGGGCUUCUGCAGUGCUAUCCUAGUAAGUCUGGUAUCCCAACCAAAAUAAGGGACAGCAAGAAAUAAAUAGGGCUACCACUUUAAAAUAUAAGUGCUUUUGCACUACUAGAAGUAAUAUUUAAGUUAAUCCAAACUAUACAAAAUGGUCAAAUGCUAUUUUCGAGGUAGCAUCGGCAAACAAUUGUAAUGUUUAAACAGAGUACCCCCUCAAAAAAAUAUAUAUGUUAAUAAGUGGUGUAUACACAGAACAAUUGUCUCCAAAAAAAUAUAAGGUGUGUGUGUGUGUGUGUGUGUGUGUAUAUACACAAACUAAGCGAGACCAUAUAGUUGGAGAACAAUUAGGAAGUAUGGAGCAUAGAUAUCAUGAUGCUUAGAGUGCUCAAUGACAUAUCUAUGAAUAGAUUAUUAGAUAUAGAGCAGUCGGAGAGAGGAAGGUAGAGGGGACAGAUAGUAGCAUAUACUGCAUAUAAAUCUAGCAGUUUAAUGGGUAGUCCCUCCCUUCUUAAAAAUAGCCCUUAGAUCGCUAGAGGGGUAGCACAAUGGAACAUAAUGUCUACUCAAAGAAAAAAACGGUGAAACAAGCUAAGUGCCAUAUCGUGUUAAAACCCCUUCAGAAGUUUACCUUAAUCCAGCGCUGGGCUCCCUCUACGCUGGUGAGCUCUCCUCCCCCGCCGACGUCAGCGAAGCAGAUUGUGCAUGCGCGGCAAGUGCCGCAUGCGCAUUCAAAGUGUCCAAAGGAAAGCAUUUUUCAAUGCUUUCCUAAGGACGCUCUGCGUAAUGGAGGCAAAAUGUGCCUCCAGCGUCGCAGAUGCGCCUCUAGCGGCUGUCCGGAAGACAGCCUCUAGAGGCUGGAUUAACCCCAAAUGUAAACAUAGCAGUUUCUCUGAAACUGCUAUGUUUACAUCUGAAGGGUUAAAAACUGAGGGACCUGGCACCCAGACGACUUCAUUGAGCUGAAUCACUAUAGUGUCAGGGGGGGAAAAAGCGGUUUUCCUGACACUAUAUAAUCCUUGGUGGACCAUAACCCUCAAGGUCCCCCUCCCAUGGCGCUGAAGGGCUUAAAACACCUUCAGCAGCUUACCUUUAUCCAGCACUCCCUCAGCGCUGGUGACCUCUCCUCCCCUGCCGAUGUCCGCUCCCGGGUGGAGUGGCAUGCGCGGAAAAUGCCGCGUGUGCAUUCAAACAGUCCAUAGGAAACCAUUUCUCAGUGCUUUCCUAUGGACACUGCACGAUGGAUGAGAAAUUUGCAUCCAGCGUUGCAGAUGCGCCUCUAGUGCCUGUCAGGAACACAGCCACUAGAGGUUGGAUUAACCCCUAAUGUACACAUGUAAAAUGUUUCUCUGAAACUGCUAUGUUUACAUCUAAAGGGUUAAAACCUGAGGGACCUGGCACUCAGAUCACUUCAUUGAGCUGAAGUUGUCUGGGUGACUGUAGUGUCCCUUUAAAUCUGUCAGAGAUGCAUUAUAAACUUUUAAAUAAAUGGUAACUGGUCCCAAGUAGUCCACUAGGAUUUACCCCAACGCCUCAGAUAGAUGUUGGAGAUGCUUAGUUCCGAGGAGUUUUUCUGCAUGUAUGGCGGGAAUGUCAACCUAUCCAACUUAUUUUGGAAAAUGAUAUACUUAAAAAUCCAAACUUUACUUAUUUAUUUCAACCUGAGUCUUCUAUUACAAUUAAAUAUUUAUUUAAAACAUUUUUGGUACAGCCUCCACUAGUGAUACACAUCUUGGUAGCUGCCAAGAUGUUGAUUGCCAGAAGCUGGAAGAUGGUCAAAAUUCUAAUUAUUUACCAAAUUAAAAUGGAGAUGGGCAUUUGUAGAACAUCAUAUGAUGUGGUUGGAAUAGGUUGAGAAAACCCUUCUAUGACGUUGAGUGGUAAAUGUUUUCAUUAGAUUAACUUAGAUUAAGGCCCAUUUCCCAUACCCAUACCAUCUCUACUGCAAGCCUCUACAAUUGAAUGCUACAUCUUUAAGGUACAAAUUUGGAAUUCAGAAGAUACUCCACCGGAUUUCUUUCACCUUUGCCACUCGAUUACUUAUAUAUAAUGUUUUCAUUGUUAUCUAUAGUGUACUACUGUAGUAUCUUGUACUUGCAGCUACAUGCAUUCAUUAAUAAUCUGGCUGUUAGGAUUUGAUUGGCAAAAUUGUAAUUCACCACUGUUUCUUUUCCCCUCCCACUCUGUAAAUACCUUGAUAUAACUGUAUCUCUACUCCCUCCCUAGGCCCAUUUCCCCUAACAUCUCUACUGCAAGCCUCUGCAAUUCUACUCUGCUCAACCCGCCCACCCAGGCUCCCCCUAAAUUUAUAGCAUGCUCCACCAGCUGUUUAAAAUACUCACUCCCUUACUGCUUCAUUCCCUCUAUAUUCUACCAAUAGCCAUCACUUCCAAAGUUCCCCUACCACCUCUUAUCUCUCUACCUUUUAUAUUUGCCUGUGUGUAUUGUAUGUUCUCUACUAAUUGCACAGCGUUGCAGAAUCUGUUUGCGCUUUAUAAAUAUCAGUAAUAAUAAUGAUUUGUGGGGUCGUUUUUUUUGUGUUCGUUUUGUUUGGUGAUGUCUUAUUUGUUUUAAUAUUAAUCAAAAUUAUGUCAAUGGAAACAUUGGCUUAAAGGUUUGUGCAUGUCAUCAAAUGUUUGUAUAAUUGAAAAUGAAUAAAAAUUGUGUGUGUGUGUGUGUGUGUGUGUAUGUGUAUAUAUUUUAUAUAUAUAUAAUAAAAAUAAAAAAAAGUUAAAUUCUGAGUCUAAGAGUAGUAAUAAAGAUGCUAGGUGCUAAUAUCAAAAUGAAAUCCGUUAAGCAGAUGGAGCUGGCUACUUCCAAUGGAUGCUGUGACGAAGCUCCUAUGCUCAGGCCGAGUAUCUCUGCCAAGUAUCCCUUCUCUCGUGGGACAGAGUAGCCAAAGUGAUUAUACUCCCUUUCCCCUAGGAUAGAGCUUCUUGAGUGUUUAUAGCUCUUCCCAAAAUCAGCGGAGGCUUGAUGAAGGGUAGAAUAGGUCUGUGUUUAUUAGUGUGUGUGUGUGUGUGUGUGUGUAUAUGUAUAUAUACACAUAUAUACACACAUAUAUACACACACACACACACACACACACACACACACACACACACACACACACACACACACACACACACACACACACACACACACACACACACACACCUGUUCUACCCUUCAUCAAGCCUCUGCUGAUUUUGUGUGUAUGUAUGUAUGUGUAUACAUAUAUACACAUUCCCAAUAGGGGUUUUUGUGAAAAACAUAGCUGAUUUGGCACAAAAUAAUUGAAUUACUUAGUGGACACCAGGGCGCCUAACAAUAAUAACCCUAGACAUACAUGUCCCCCUAUAGUUACAUCCAGGUUUCUUACAUCCCCACAUAGCUCUGUUUUGGUAAAGUGACUAGAUUCCAGCGCAGUUAAGUGGCCAGUUAAUCCAUCACAGAUGACAUGACAUUUCUUGCAUGGUGCCAUUAAAGGGACACUAUAGUCACUAAAACAACUUUAGCUUGAAAGUUAAUUCACUUUUGUUUCUUUAUGCAACCAUAGCCACACCUCCCCUGGCUAUGACUUACGCAGUCUGCUUAAAAACAAAAUGGUUCCAUUUCAAAACUGAUGUAACUUGCGCUUCGAGUUUUUAUCUCCUGCUCUGUAAAUUGAACUUUAGUCGCACACAGGAUGCUCCUGCAUGGUCUAGUAAGGUUAACUGCAGGAGAUAAGACAUUUUUAAUUAGACAGCACUUGCAAUAAAGAUAGUGUAAACAUUAAAUACCGCUUUACAGGAAAUGUUAAGGAAGUCCGUUUAAGUCAAGUGCAGGGAGGUGUGGCUAGGUCUGCAUAAACAAAGUGAUUUAACUCCUAAAUGGCAGGGAAUUGAGCAGUGAGACUGCAGGAGCAUGAGUUAAACACCAAAACUGUUUCAUUAAGCUAAAAUUGUUUUGGUGACUAUAGUGUCCUUUUAACUAUUGGUCUUUAUUUACUUUUUCUAUGAACAGUAAAUUCUGACUGCCUUUAGGUAAAUUCCCAUUUUACACGUGGCUCUGUGUCAUGGCAGGUGUGAGAUACAAACCUAUGCCACUAUGACUAGAUGUCUUGCUUACAAACACAGAUUAGAGGGAUUGUAAAGCUAAUAGGGGUAAUGUGCUACAUAAUUCUGGGACUUGUCGUGCAGUGAUUCAACUGUUUUAUGUAGGAUCCUUGGUAAAACUACAUAAACUCGCAAAUCAAAGGGGAGGGAGGUCAAAUGAUUUUAGAUGUAUUGCAGUGUGUUUGGGAUUGUGCUGUGGGUACUGUUUUAGCUUAUUUUGAUCUUGGGCAUUUCUCUUGUUACGCAGAGAUUAAUUCAAAUUGCUCUAUUUAUAUAGAAUUACAUUGUUGUGAAGAGUCCUGGAGAGACCGCUGUGCAGAACCAUGGUUUCAGUGUGUCAGACAGACCCAGCAACUCCCAGAGCCCCAGCAUGGUGCCGUCACCUCAUUCUCUGAUACACGAGAAAAACAAUGACCUGAAGAUCCUAGAACUGGCCAAUAAGAUCAUCCACCUGCUGACUGGAAAGGUGAGGAUGCUGGGUGAUGGUUACUGUAUUAUUGUGUUUCCUCCAUUUAUAAUGUGUAGUCAGGAUGGCCAUCAUUUACUCUUUUACAAACCAGGAAGCUGACCAGCAGUGUUUCAGCAUUGUUGGUCUUUCAUCAGACUAUAGAAGAGAUGCAAGUAGGAUCCCACCUCUUAAUUAUGGAAAAUUGAAUCUUAAUGGAACACUAUAGUGUAGGAAUGCAGACGUGCCCUAACUAGUUGGUCUCCCUCUGUGAAGAAUAAAGGUGCUUUUACUUGCCUUUCCUCCUUUUCAGUGUUGGUCUCCAGUCUUCCAUCCCUCCUCCUUGACGGAGAUCAUAAAGCAUUGGAAGGCUAGUGCACAUUAGCAGCAAAACACAGAGCUGCGCAAAUCAGGUAGUCUCCUGUCCGUAUGAUGGCCAUUAGAAGCAAGUUAACCAUGCAGUCCAAACAUUUCCAUUUUGCAUAGUGGCAAUGUUUCAUAGCUGCAGAGUUAAGGGGGGGAGGGGGGGGGAGACUUGUCGUUGAGAUGAAGUUGUGUGGUUACCUAUUGAAUCACUUUAAAUAGGUUUCUGUUAUAGACCAGAGCUUCCUGGAGGCACCCUACGCCAGAUAAAACGCCAUUUUAUCUGUAAUCCACUUGUGAGGUUCAGACUUUCAUGAGUAUUUUAUCGUUCCCUUCUAGUCCCGUUUCUCUGGGCCUAUAUGACUGGCUCAUUCCAUUAUCCAUGACAUUUAUCCUCGAUUUCCACAUAUCAUUUGCCAAUCUCACUCUACCCCCAAUGUCACUUGUUCCUUUCAUACCCAAUUUUCUUACUCUUUCCAUAACCCAGUUUAUCUGCUUUUCUUGUCCGUCACUCCUGACCAUCGUUAUUGUGCAUAGCUUUUUUUAAUCCCACAUUCUAGAUCCUGCUUCUCUCUUUAAUUCACAUGUAACUAACAUGUUGAACAUUCUAAUACUAUUUAACUACAUGUGAAUGCAUGCACACAAUACCUAGGAGCUGUGUAGUUCUGUUUAUUUAGUAGUGUGCUAAGGUUUGAGGAUGUAAAUCUCUAUUUUUCCGUGUAGGUGUGGGAGUAUUUAGAAGGACACAAGGAAACCUAUAAUGAUGCACUGCUGGAGACUCACCAGACUCUCAGCUCAUUGGGUAAGGGAAGGUUUAGCCACCAUUGUUUUGAUUGUUUAUGAAUAGAGCCGGUCUUGAGUCCACAUUUUUGCUCUGAAAAAUAAUAGUUGCAAAUUUUAGGAUAGCAUUCACUUUUGAAAGGGAAAUCUACUGUUGACACAUUUGUUCUCAUAAACCACUGAACCAGUGAUCAAUAUGACUAAUUCUCCCAUCACAGGUCCGCUAUCACCGAAAAGGUAAAAAAAAAAGAGAAACCUUCUCCAGAUCCAUCCCCUCCUCACAUUAUAAACGAUAACACGCUCCGAUUGUUCAGUGAGUGAUACACCUACGCGUGUGUUGUAGAAAUGAAAUUUGUUUUGGGGGGUGGGGGGGUUUCUCCAUGCAUCCCAAGCAAGUGAUCAGAUGGGAUAUAGCAAUUUAAAACUGAUUAACAGUUCUUAACCCAGUGAACACACAAUAAUUAAAUAAGUGUCAUCAUCCCAUGUCCUCAAAUACUACUUUUCAACUGUCUGUUUGACAUUUUAUGGAAGAUAUUAGUCCAGGCAUAGGCAACCUUUGGAACUUCAGAUAUUUUGGACUACACCUCCCAUGAUGCUUUGCCAGCAUUAUGGGUGUAAGAGCAUUAUGGGGCAUGUAGUCCACAACGUUUGGAGUGCUGAAGGUUGCCUAUCCCUGCCUUCGUCUAUGCUGUGAGAUGGAGAAAAAAGACACGAUCAAACUUUAGUCAUGAGGGAUCUUGAUUCAAACUCCAUGAAUGUAAUAAUCACAUACACCACAAUUUGUGUGUUACACUGGCAGUAUCGGCUGAUAGACAGAGUACUAACAAGAAAGCAAACCUAGGUCAAGGGGUAAUAGUCAGACGUGAAGUUGAACUGGACAGCAAACAAACCUGGACAUGGGGAUUCCUCGAUCCCCACAAAAACUAAAAAAAGGUAGUUUUGCCCCCCAAAAAACUAGACCACUGUAAAUAAACAAUAUACACGAUGAUAACAUCUGUAAAUAAAGGUGUGCAGGUGUGUGUGUACUAUAUUGAAUGAAUAAAUGGAGCCGCUCUCAUUGGUGAAGAACUUGGAAUGCAGUCUCUGUUUACUUUCAAUAUGUCUUUUAGCAGACAGUGAUCCUCAACAUAACAUGAAACCACCUAAGAGAGACUUAGUACGCCUGAUUCAUGUUAAAUCCAAAAAAUAGAUUACAAGGCAGAAAUAAAAACAUUGAACUUGGUUAAAAAGAUUCCAACUCCUAUAUGAUCAUUAUUACAUAUGGAAAAAAUAGAAGGUAAAGAAGCAAGUGACGCGUCCCCCACCUUUUGUACAAGUGGUAGGGAAGAUGUUAAAAAUUUAUAGAUGACUAAGGCCUUUAACGGACCAUUAAAUAAAACACAAUCACUGCAAGACUCCAGACUGUUGGAGACUAAGUUGGCAAUCGAGUCUGUGCCAAGACUUUUCUACAAAAUUAAGACAAAGUAAUAAGAUAAAAUAUAUAUAUUUUGUUUUUAAAUUUUUUUUUUUUUUCCCCCUAUUAGCUGAUUCCAUGAACACACCUGAAGCUGAAGGGUUUAACAUCCUGACUAUCAAAGAAGAUGAACAAACAAUUAAACAAGAAAUAAAAUGCAUUACAAUAAAUAAAAGGGGACGAAAGAGGAAACCUUUGAGAUAUGAGAGAACGUUAUAUGAAGAAAUAGACCUAACAGAUGCUGGCGUUGAUAAAAACGUUCUACAAACUGAGUAUACCUCUACUCCUUUUCAGAAGGAAUCCAUCUCCUCUAUACAAGAAAACCAUAUAGGCAUUUAUUUACCCACAGAAAAUACACAGACAGAAUGUUCGUCUACUCAUAUUGCUGCGUGUGAAGAAAGUACUGAGCUUGGUUUUCACACAGAAUACAUGUCUGUUCAUAUUAAAGAGGAAUCGCCCUCGUAUGAAGAAGACCUUUUCACAGGUAGUGACACUCAUACACCAACACUACCUACACAGUUAGAAUAUACACCUACUCAUAUCAAGGAUGAACCAAUUUUUUGUAACCCUGAAAAUCUGUUCGAGACUGACAUUUAUACACCUCCAGAAUAUGCCUCUACGUUUAAGGAGAAAUCAACCACGAAUGAGGAAAGAAAUGUCUCCGACCCACCCGUUUCAACCCCCACCUGUAAAUUUGAGAGCCAACAGAAAUGGAAUAGUAACACACAGCUGGGAGAAAGCAUAGAAAUAUUAAAUCAACGUAAACACACAGUAGACCAGCUGUAUAACAGUUUUGAGAUAAAUAAGGCUUCUGAUACCUAUUCUGAUUUUGAUAAAGAUCAGAAAGCCCAUGAUGGAAAGAAAGUGACCUGUUCUGAAUGUGGGAAAGUUUUUGCCAGUAAGGUACAUUUCUUUGGCCAUCAAUGUUUAUAUCUGAAAUCACGGUUUACCAGAAGGAACAGGAUUUGCCAAGGAGAGAAUUCGCUUUCGUGCUCAUGUGGGAAAUGUUUAAAGACAAAAUAUUUUUUUAGACAUCAGAAUGUGCAUGCUGGUGAAAAGCCAUUUUCUUGUUCCCACUGUGGGAAAUGUUUUAAACUGAAGGCAACUCUUAAAUCUCACGAGAGAAUUCACACUGGAGAAAAACCAUUUCCUUGUGCAGAGUGUGGGAAAUGUUUCAGCCAGAGAUCUGGUCGUAAUACACAUCAGAAGAUUCAUACAGGAGAGAAACCCUUCUCCUGCUCUGUAUGUGGGAAAUCGUUUAGGCACAAGGCCUAUCUUAUCACACAUGAGAGGAUUCAUACAGGAGAGAAACCAUUUUCUUGUUUUGAAUGUGGCAAAUGUUUUAUAGAAAAACCAAGACUUCUUGCACACCAAAGGAUUCACACAGGAGAGAAACCAUUUGUUUGUUCUGAAUGUGGGAGAUCUUUUACAAAUUAUUCAAAUCUCCUCGCACAUAAAAAGAUUCACAAAGGGGAAAAACCAUAUUCUUGUUCUGAAUGUGGAAAAUGUUUUAGUAAGAGGGUAUACCUUACCUCUCACCAAAUACAAGGCUGUUCAAGUACAUCUGAUAUACAUUUCUAAAGCCCAAGGAAAGGGGCAUGCAGAAUAUCCUGGGAAGACACCACAAAGGGAUGUAUGUUUGCAAUACCACCAAUGCUUUCAGCAACACAGUAAACUCCUUAGUAAGAGUUUAGUGUUUUUUUUGGAAAUGUCAUUAACCGAAAGAUAACAGUUCCUAUUUUAGGAACAUAUAACCCACUUUUGUGCAAGUACCAAUCACUUGAGCAGGUAUUCUUACCCAUGCAGAAGGGAAUAUUAGCAGCUACACUAAAUUCCUGCACACAAACAUCCCAAAAUAAUCACUAAAAGUAUUCUAACAUACUGACUAAACUUGUUCUCGAAAUGCCUAGACCACAAAUGAUUAUUGAUGCAAUCGCUCUAGUUUAGUGAACUACCAGUAUUCUAUACACAAAUUUGUAAGAUGUUCCCACCAUAGCAGAUGAAUACAAUUCGAUAUCACCUCUAGGUUUCAUUGCCCAAAGCAGAAUUGUACCAUAGUAUAUUUUUCUUUGGGGCAGCACUGUCACCAGUUGGGGACUUUGCCAAAUUUGGCAAAGUCCCCUGAUGGUGACAUCACCGUUGUGGGUCUAGUGUCUGAACGGGCACUGUUAUCUUGAUACGGGGGUCCUCUUUGGAGCUGGUCACUGCUGUACUCUUGCGCAUACAUGAGUACAGCAUUUAAGCCCAAUGGCGGAUCGUACGUAAAUCCAUAGCAUUUUUUUUUUUUGCGAUUUCUUCUAUUUCCCCUUUUUUUCUAUAGAACGUUUAAAAGAAAAACAGGAUUUUGUUAAAAUAACAAGAACAAAAUAGAAAUAUUAAAUACUAUUACAGAUUUGUUGUUGUAAU